AUGCAGGCAUUCAAGAGGAGACGGGAAGACCCAGCUUCCUCGGGGGUCUAUCUAAAGCUGUUGCUUGUGAUCUUGUCAACCGUUUUUCUUGAGAGACAAAUCGGAUUGGCAUCACAGGCUACCCAACGGGGCCUUUCAGCAAAGCAAACCCUCGAUUCUCCUUCGAUUUCAUCCCUUCCAUUGGAUAAGGGCAGAAGAGGAAAACUGAUCAAUCGCCACGACUAUGUUGCAGAAAAUCAACCUAAAGAUCAACAAGAUCCAAGUUUGAUAUUCCGAGAGCCAUACCGGUACGUUCGACCGCCACGACCGUCCAUCAGCCAAGGCGAACGUUUUGCAAACUACAAAUCGAGAUAUCAUUACACACCACCCAGUAAAAGACAGUCAGGGCAACUAGCACCCGAGUGUGGAAAUGGGCCCCACUUUUCAAACUUUUUCAAACUUCCAUACACUCUGCGAAGUCAUUUGCACGAGGACUGGACGAUUCAUCGAGUCUUUUUCCAGAACAAGAUGCCUGACAAUGGAACUUAUGUGGAGCUAGGCGCGUUCGAUGGUUCCACAGACAGCAACACAAGGUUUUUUGACAGGUGUCUUGGCUGGAAGGGACUUCUCAUAGAGGGAAACCUAGCAUCAUUUGACAAAAUGAAAGAGGCGCGUCCGAGCGCCCACAAAAUGAGCUUUGCACCCACUUGCUCGGCAGAGUAUGAAAUGGUGAACAAAUCGGUUGAAUUCUACAAAUACCCCCUGACGAAUUCUGGGCAAAAAGGCAAAGCCAUUAUUACGUAUGAGGGAAAGCCUACAGUCCCGGUACCAUGUGGUCCGCUGGGUCCAGUGUUGGAAGAUAUGUUUCCGGGCGGACAACGCAUUAACUUCUUUUCGUUGGACGUGGAAGGAUCCGAAGCCCUGGUUUUGAGAACCAUUGACUUUGAACGAGUUCACAUUGACGUGUUGAUGGUGGAAGUUGAGAAUGCCCAUUGCCUCGACGACAACUGUGCCGUGCGGCAAGAGGUUCGCUCCAUUAUGGAACAAGUUGGCUACAAACGAUACGAACGCAUAGUGCGGGCUUCUGAUGUUUACGUGCGACGUGGAUCUGAGUUUGAGCUGACUAACAAAACCUCUGCUUCAUAG